AUUAUCUCUGGUGUUGAUUAUUUCUGUUCAAAGCUUAUCUUGGUGAUGACAGGUGGGAAUAAAACUGAUACGGUCAAAGUGCCUUUAAGAUAAACCAUUGAAUUUGUGCAAAUUCGCACCCGAAAAAGUGCGCCAAGUCGUAUGUUUAAUGUAAGAAGUAAACACACCUUACGGAUUUUUAAUGGAUUAGAGUUAUAUAAGGAAUGUAAUUGGAAUCAGAAAGGGAAUUAAUGCAAUACAAACAACAUAUGAAGACGGUGUGCAGAAUGAUUGGCUGAUACUAUAUAUACUUCGCCGAUGCUAGUAUAGGAAAACUGUUCUAUAAAAGCGAAGCCUCCUCAUUGGUAUAUAUUGGGAAUAUUUUCUGUAGCCAGCCGUAUUUAAAGCAGACUGAGACGCUGACUCAAGACAAAACUGAUAAAGAAACUACAAUACCAAAUAAGUGGCUGUGCUAGGGAAACUGUCUUCAACAACGUCGGGGGUAAACAGUCAUUUGAAGUGUAAGGAGCAGGAUCAAAUACAGAAAAAAUAGUGUCAAUUGAGGAAGAAAAAUCGGUCAAGAAAAUAAUCAAGAUUCUCGUAAGAAUCGAGUUUUAAUUUAAUAUGUGUGUGAGACAGGCGCUUCAUGGAGUGUUUGACUAGAGUGUUUUAUAUGUAAUUUCGAUAUGAAAAAUUCGUAGAAAGCCAGUCGGGACUAUAUUCACAAACGUAUAAUAACACUUCUUAGAAAAUAAAUAUAUUUUUCUUGAACGACAAGAAGUGGACUAUGGUUGAUAUGACACUGUAAAUAUAAAGGAAGAAUAUUGCAUGUGUCUGUUGUUAAACGGAAUUCAAUAUUCAAAAAAGCAAUGCAACUGAAUGAAAGUACGAGGAACUUCUCAAAAGAUAUCAUUCAAAAUGAGGAUAUCUUCAGCGACGGACGGCUUGAUAUGUCGAACGUGGUUAUAAUGACAAUCUUUUUGUUCUGCAUAUUUAUUGUAAGUUUUGCCGGAAACAUUUUCGUGUUUGUGAUAUUCUACAAGCGGCCCGUGCUAUUGACGAUUUCCAAUAGGUUUAUAGUAAAUCUAUCAGUUUGCAAUAUCCUUCAGACUGUUGCCGUAAUGCCUUUCGUGUUAACAUCGCUUAUUUCGCAAGAGUGGUUGUUUGGGUCUUUUUGGUGCCAAGCCUCGGGAUUUGGGAUGAACCUGAUAUUUACUGCAAGUACAUUUACAUUGGUGCUUAUUGCCAUAGAUCGGUAUUUGGCUGUUGCAAAGCCAUUACAUUACUCGAUGACAAUAACAAGCAAAAGGGCGUCCUAUAUGACAGCUUCAGUUUGGAUUUCGGCCAUUUUGUGUUCACUGCCACCACUUUUAGGAUGGAACAGCUAUGAAUUCCAGCGAUUCAAAAUUGCAUGUAUGACGGUUUCAUAUAGUAAACAUCAUAGAGAUCGAUCUUAUAGCCUUUUUCUUGUAACAGUGUGCUUUAUUCUGCCUUCAUGCAUAAUCAUGUGGGCAUAUUGUGCUAUUUUUAAAGCGGCAAAAGUUAGCAGCGAAAAGGUGCGCCGGAACAGUACAAUAGCAUCUGGACUUAAUGAUUACCCUGAGUUUUCACUAAGAGGGGGUCGUCGCCACAGCUCAGCGCAAAUUUUGAUUCACAGACUAAGUUGCAGCAGCAAAACCGGGUCAGUUCUCUGGAGACGCGAUGAGAGAAAGGCCGCGGUGACUAGUUUUAUGGUUUUAUUCACAUUUAUUUUAUGUUGGUUGUUAUACUUUAUUAUCAUUAUUCUCGAAUGCCUUCUAAAAGAUCCAGAUCGUAUUGACCCCGUCGUAAAGACGCUGUCAGUGUUACUUGCCCUGUCAAGUUGCGCAAUAAAUCCACUAGUGUAUGUGUUCCGCUGUAAACUUCAGAGAGUUGAAUUGAAAAGCAUCUUGGGUUUAAAGCAAAACAGUUUCAAUAUGGAUAUGUGCAAUGGAAAUCAAAAUGGGUCAAGAAGACCAAGUUUUAACCCGAACUGCAUUCGACAGUCUCCUUGCAUUUCACGGGAAGGUAGUCAAGAAUCAGAGGUCAUUGAAAUUUUUCACCAUGUCAAUACAGCAGCGACAUUAACCUCCAUGAUAAUUCCUGAAGAAGAAGAAAAAAUGCCAAUGACAAAAGCAUAAAUGGAUAUUUAUAUAAACGUUGUAUUUAUCGUUGUACCUUUACAAGGUUGCCUUGCUUUUAUGUUUUGUUUCUCUUAGUCUGUUAUUUAAAUGUUACGUACUUAAAACAUUAAAUUUGUUACAUUUUAUUCCUAUUUUGAUAUUGGUUUUGUACAGUAGCUUCAUUGCCUAUGGAAUAUUAGCUAUUAUAUUUAUUAUCAGCAGUUAUGAAAGCUCAAUUUUGAGAAUUGUUAAUGAAAAACAAACAACCGUGAUAAAAACAAAAGCUGCCCCUUGUUAAUUUUUUCUGUCAGUUUACUUAUCUCUUGAUAACAUGCUCCUAUAAAUAUAGUAUCCUUAAACUACGAUCUAUUUACAUGGAACACGUAAUGACUAAGUCAAUAUCUCCAUUGUUUAAAUUGUAAACAUGGUAGUUUUCCUGAAAAAAGGAAACUAUUUUGAAGCAAUCACUAUUAAUAUUGAGCGGAGCAAAGCAUGCAUGGAAAUAAAACAAAAGUGUCUUUUUCCCCUGAAUGAUUUUUAACUUUUACUUGACAAUGCAUUUGUUUGUUAACAUUUGAUAAUAUUUUCUGCCAAUCAAUUGCCUUCGUGUGUUCACCGGACAAGCUUUAUCACUUGUUUAUAUUUAUCUAUCUGGUUUGAUGUCAUGUUAUUCCAUUUAUGUGUUCGCAUAUUAUCAAUCAAAUACAAGUUAGGGUUUCAAAGACUAUCAUUUAAUAUGAAAUAAAUAACUUGUUAAUUGUACGUUCAAAUAUAUAUAUAUAUAUAUAUUGACAACGUUGAUUGCUUGAUUUUGACACGUGAACCAUCGAUAUGAAUUUAUUUUCCAUCUUCUCUUCUGUUAUAUUGCUUUAAAGCCUAGAAUAUAUUGCUUUUGUUAUAUUCUAGCAGAAUCAAAGAAAAUCAAAAUAUAUGCAAGUACGUGC